CUGUCUGUCAGUUCAUUGGAAGGCGCCACUGUUAGCAAACAAAGUUACAUGAUUAUAGGUUAUCAUUACCAAGGCCAACUUAAGUAUAAGUCAUUGUCAUAACUAAUACUUUCUUUACGCAUGAUAUCCAAUAGGGACUGUUUCUUCAAAGACUGUUUAUUGCUUGCAGAUUUUAUUAGGAAUUCGAUAUGAAUGAAGUGGAAAAAGUGAUGGCAAAGAAAAUGUUGAAGCGUCUGAAGAAGAAUUGGCAUGAAAUACGGUACGAUGAAAUUCGUAAUAAGCCGUAUUUGAUUGGUAAGCGUACCGAAUCAUCCAAAACACAAGCAGUAUCUGUUCUUAACAGUGUAAGAACUUUGACUAUUCAGGAUCUUAAAAAUCGGAUUGAGGACAGUGGCAUUUCAUCUACGGUAUUAGCUGUACGUAGCUCUGAUUCUUCAACUGUUUUUUAUAGUGCUCAGUUGGGUCUGAAUUCGCCGCUGGCACAAGAGUCAUCCGAAAAUGCUUCUAGUGAGGAAAGUUCUGAAAAUGAAGUGCUUGAUAUUGGACACUGAUUUAGUGAGCAGAAACAGCAGACUAGUAUAUAUGGAGGAGCUGUCAGCUAAGUUAUGCAACAAAAUUAUUCAUCCUGCUGUCAGCAUCAUUCUAGUAGUGUCAUUAAGCUGUAAUCACCCAAGGUCAACAACUCCAGGGCAAAUGGCUGAAUCAAGCAAACCAAACAACAUUCUAAAAAG